AGAAGGCGUGGGGCCUGGAGAGAAGCAGGCAGAGAGAGAGAGAGAGAGAGAGAGAGAAGUAGACAGAGGGGUGAGGACGCUGAGAGGAGCUGACGGAGCAUUAAUGAGAUACUGGCUGCUUAGAGUUACAGGGAUGCAGUUUUAGCCAUAUUCCACCACCGUUUUCAAGCGUGAUUUUGCGGACACGAAAGCGCACAAAAACUGGGUCAAUUUCGCAAUUGAAAACACGCUUGAGUGGAUUAAUUUAUUUUCAAAUAUGGGCUUGGAACGAUUUCGCGUAAAGACGCCGGGAAUGGUAGCCCUUCUCGCACGCUCACUCCUUUGUAUCAGCGUAUUACUAACUUUUUCUCAGCCUGUCUGCGAGGCGUUCAACUUGGACGUGGAGAACACAGCUGUUUACAGCGGACCUAACGGGAGCUACUUUGGAUAUGCUGUUGACUUUUAUUUGGCUGAUUCUGCCAGUGCGAGUGUGGUGAUAGGAGCUCCAAAGGCCAACACAAGGCAGGUGGACGUCACAGAGGGAGGAUCCGUCUUCUACUGUCCAUGGAGCCUCAGCCAAUCAGAUUGUCACGCCAUCGAGUUUGAUACUGAAGGGGAUCCCUGUCUUUCCAACAACAAAAACCUCAAAAUUGACUUCAAAUCCCCCCAAUGGUUUUGGCGCCCGUCGUUCCACGGGGACACAAUUCUGUUUUUGGAGUAUGCUCCCUCCCACACAGAGAUCGGUGAUGCAGUGGGACAAGGCUACUGUCAGGGGGGAUUCAGUGCUGACUUCACUACGGAUGGCAAAGUGGUGUUGGGAGGGCCAGGCAGCUACUUCUGGCAAGGUCAGGUGAUCGCUGCAGCUAAGGAGGACAUUAUCAAAGCAUACUACCCAGGCUAUUUCAUGCAGUCUGUGGAGGGCCAGAUCCAGACCAGACAGGUCAAAGCUGAACAUGAUGACAGCUACCAAGGCUACUCCAUCGCUGUUGGGGAAUUCAGUGGUGAUCAGACGGAAGAUUUUGUGGCUGGUGUUCCAAAAGGACUCAUGCUUUAUGGUUCGGUGUCUGUUCUGAACGGUACGGAUCUGAAGACCAUAAUUAACUACACUGGCGAGCAGAUGGGAUCAUACUUUGGAUAUGCAGUGGCAACGACUGACAUCAACAGUGAUGGGAUGGCUGACCUGCUGGUGGGAGCUCCUAUGUUCAUGGUCCGGGGCUCUGAUGGUCGCCUGGAAGAGAUGGGCCGGGUCUAUGUUUACCUACAGCGGGGCCCCCUGGACCUGCAGCUCCGCCUACCUCACCUGACAGGCACCCAGGUGUUUGGGAGAUUUGGCAGCACCAUUGCACCAUUGGGGGAUCUGAACCUGGAUGGUUUCAAUGAUGUGGCUAUCAGCUGUCCAUUUGGAGGGGAGGAUCGGCAGGGACUGGUCUACAUCUAUAAUGGAUACUCAGAAGGACUCAGGGAAAAGCCAUCUCAGGUGAUCAGUGGCCAGUGGGCUGCUGGGGCUAUUCCUGCCAGCUUUGGGUUUGCUCUCAGAGGUGCUAAGGACCUGGACAUGAAUGGAUACCCAGAUCUCAUUGUUGGUGCUUUUGGUGUCAAUAAGGCAGUUCUUUAUCGAUCCCGCCCAAUCGUCAACACCAGUGCCUCUCUGACAGUUUACCCCACCAUGAUCAACCCUGAAGAGAAGAACUGCAUAAUCACCAAUGGAAACACCAGCAUUUCUGUUUCUUGUGUCAACCUGAGUUUCUGCAUAUCUGCUGAUGGGAAGCACCUACCAGACAUCCUAGAUUUCCAGGUGGAAGUGCAGCUUGAUAGUAACAAGCAGAAGCAGAAAGGGGCAGUGCGGAGGGCUCUGUUCUUGGAUUCCCAGCAGCCCUUGCUUCAGGGGAGUGUGAGGGUGCGCCAUGGGAAGCGUAUAUGCAACAACACCCAGAUCUACCUAAGAGAUGAGAAAGACUUCAGAGAUAAACUCUCCUCCAUUUAUGUGGCCUUGAACUUCAGCUUGGAUCCAAAAGCUGCUGCCGACUCCCACGGCCUGCGGCCCAUCCUCAACUAUCAGACCACCAACACAAUUGAACAGAAGGCUCAGAUUCUGUUGGACUGCGGAGAGGAUAACAUCUGUGUUCCUGACCUGAAGCUGGCAGUUCACGGGAACAGGAAGGAAGUCUACCUAGGUGAUGACAACUCGCUGACCUUAACUUUCAACGCCAGGAACGAGGGCGAGGGAGGGGCGUACGAGGCCGAGCUGUAUGUGGUGCUGCCCCCGGAAGCUGACUACAGCGGCAUUGCCCGCAACAAUGAGAGCCUGACCCAGCUCACCUGCAGCUAUGAGACGGAGAACCAGACCCGAUACCUCAGCUGUGAUUUGGGCAACCCGAUGAAGUCUGGCACCAGUCUGUGGGCAGGUCUGCGCUUCACAGUGCCACGGCUGAAGGACACGCACAAAACUGUUCAGUUUGAGCUGCAGAUUCGCAGUAAAAAUGAGAAUAAUUCCCACAGUGAGGUUGUGCCCUACAAACUGGAGGUGGUUGUUCAGGCUGAUGUCAUUCUACAGGGUGUGUCUCGACCAGAUAAGGUUUUCUUCCCGCCGGCCAACUGGAAGGUGACCAAAAACUAUGGGGUGGAGCAGGACGUCGGGCCUGUAGUGGAGCACAUCUAUGAGCUGGUGAACAAUGGGCCCAGCCAGAUCAGCCACACCCUGCUGGAGCUGCGCUGCCCCCUCAGAGUCCAAGGUCAAACCCUUCUUUACCCUCUGGAGUUCUCCACAGAAGGCCCCAUCAACUGCACCUCCGACAAAAACAUGAACCACCUACGCCUCAAAGUAACUCCGCAUACAUCCACAGAGCCCCCUACCCUGGCCCUGAAGGGACAAGAGCACCAUGUUGAGAGGAGGGAAGGCCACAGGAAUCAGCUCGCUCAUUUGACUAACUGUGCCCCUGGGACAUUGAGGAGGUCUACCAGGAGGAAGUGGACUGAUACGCUCCCUUCUUGCUCUAAUACAGAGUGCUGGACGCUCCAGUGCACCGUGGGUUUGCUGGAGAAGGGGACAACGGCUAUCCUCAAAGUGCGCUCCCGCAUCUGGGCCGAGACCUUCACCGAGAGAGCUUACAAACAAUAUGUGCUGGAGUGCCUGGCCAGAUACAGUGUGGAGAAGAUGCCUUAUGCCAUCUUACCCAAACAUGCUCCCAGUGGACACAAAAAGGUGGUGACCCCAGUGGUGUGGAAUAAACCAGAUAUUGAGAACACUGUUCCUCUGUGGAUCAUCAUCUUGGCCAUUCUGGCUGGUUUGCUGCUUCUAGCUCUACUCAUCUAUGUCCUAUACAAGUUCGGCUUCUUCAAGCGCUCUCUACCUUACGGCACCGCCAUGGAGAAAGCUCAACUCAAACCACAGGCUGCCUCGGAGGCCUAAAGGACAACCGAAGCUACCAGAACCACAGUGCCUGGCCAUAUGAUUGCAACGGAGAAACACGAUGGAACAUGUAGAGUGGAUCGGAAAGCAGUCGAAGAGUUAAAGAGAGAGAGACACCACUGGAACUCCACUGUGCUGCACUAGAGGAAGACAAAAAUCCAAAGAUCUCCAAUUGAAUGUUUUUUUUCUUUUCUUUUUUAACUUGUGUCUUGUUGGUUGGCAGGUUGGGAUCGUUACUAAAUAGGACUUUUUCCUCAUUGCCUUAAGGCUAAUGUUAGACUGAACAACAAAUACAGUGACUGCAAAAGAAUUACAGGCAAUCGUCAGCCUGCGUAUGCAGUGAGAUGCCUGUUGGGUUUCCUUUUGUGGAUUCUUGUGAUGGAGAGUUCCGUUAUACCCCCUUUUAACUGCCUUAUUUUGGUGCUAAUGAUCUGAUGUGCUCACUGCCACUGACGGGAUAGGGCCACAUGUAGCUUAUGGAAGCCAGGAGCUGUGAAUUAAGCUGCUGAACGCAUUAUUGACAGAAGAUCGGAAAACAGAUUUCAGGUGCAAACAUUAACCUGACUAAAGCAAUGUCGGUAAUGCUGGCCUAUAUGUUGAGACCGAAUCUGUUAAAUAGCUCUGCUUUUAUCACGACAUUUUAUCACACACAUUUGUACGUAAUUUAAAAACCCAUGACAAGCCCGAGGUGUUCCCCUGAUUCUUGCCUAAUGCAUGCUGGGAUAUGCUCCAGCACCGCGCUGCCCUGAACAGGAUAAGCGGGUGUAGAAAAUGCAGGGACGGAACUUAACUGUUCACGAAAAUGAUCUCUCUCUCUGCCUCAGGUUGGUGCACAGCGCUGGGUUGUGUUGUUUUUGCACUCAAAGGAAAUCUACUGAUAUAAUUCCACCUAAGGCUGACUGACUGACCUUCCUUUGAGUUCUGAUUUUGACUCCUACUGAUCACUUUGUCUAAAUCCUGUUUGUUCAUGGUCAGCGUUACCAAUGCUCGCAUCAUCAUUGUUGUGUAGUCGACUGGGAUAGGAUGGGACUGGAUCCACCACCGACCUGUGAAACCUCACAUCAGGCUUGAAAAAGUGUGGUGUAGUGACGUUCUCCUACAGAAUAUUUAGCCGUCUUUACUCCUGCUCGUUUCAAAACGAGACCACGUGCGACUAAAUGACCCUUAGGGGAAACCACCUCGCCAUGGCGUGACGGUGUCUUGAACCAAAGACGUGACAAUCGGCGACGUUGUAGCUUUGACAGAGAGUGUUAAGUGUGAGAGCCGGAUGGGGAUCAUCACUCUUUGAGUGUGAAGGAUCCAUUUUCAGCUUACAGUGCGUGUUACUGUGAGAUACUGUAUUUUUGAUUGUCUUUGAGUAAAAGCUGCCCACGUUUAGAAAGAGAAGUGGCUGAAGUCAUCCCACUACCAAAAAGGCUACAGGGACUGAACUUUCAAAUGCUUUGUGUUGGUUUCUUUUACUUGUUGUGUACAUAAAUAUUGUAUGUGCCUUAAAUGUAAAUACUUCAUGUCUGUGGGUUAGAGUUAGGGUUGUGUGCGCUUGCGUGUGUGUGACAUAAUGCAUACAUGCAUUUGUGUGAAUGGUAUAUUUAUGAAUGUUUGUUUUGUGUAUGAAUUGGUUAUUAGCUUUCCCACUGCUUAGUCCUGUGUAUCCCUUAUCACCUCUGUAGCUUGAGAUCGCUGAGGUUAAGCCAUUCUGCUUUACUGUUAGUCAUGAUCGCAGAAAUACACUACAGUGUUCAGGACGACUUUACUUUAAAACCCUUACAACCUCAAAAAAAAAAAGACUGUAAGGCUAAGUCCAGAUCCUACAGGAUGUUGUGUAUCUCUAACAAAGGGAUAACAGCUAGGCACUGGGAACUAAAUGUUUGGAAGUGCAAUAUUUAUAUUCACUCUUUUUAAUAUGACAGUGAUUUGUAUUUUUCUUUUAUUUGUGAGAGUUGUGACAAACCACGAUUUUUUUGUAUCAAAUCCUUUUGUGAGGUUCUUGUUUUUUUCACAUUUUCACUAUCACUUGCUUUCUCACUAAACGUACUUCAAGUGUGAAAUGUUUUUUUUUUUCCACUUACAAGUUGCUCAUUCAUCACUGGCGUUGGACCACUUUUACAGAUUUUGACACCAAAGACUGACCCAGGAUCAGAACCACUAGCACAUAUCUGAAUUGAACUUAGGGUAUGUUGACAUUUAGUUUGAUCAUUUUUGUGCGUUUCACCUGUGCAAAACCCCACAUUAUACUAACCAUAUGGUUUACAUUCGUUUGCUGUAUCACACUCUUUUCAUAAUUAUGGCCUCUCGUAUUGGCUGGUGAAUUACAAUUUUUCACCUGGUCCACAAAAUGAGGUAGUUGAUUUCUAACAUUUAACAUUGUCUGUUCUUGACCGAACAUGUCGACCCAUUAUUUAUAAUGACAGGGGAAUUUUUUUACUACUUCCUCAAUGAUCACAUCAGGAGAAGGCACUGGGUUUUCUUCCUUUUCUUUAUUUUAUUUUUUUUGUCUUAGCCCAUUCUCACUCUCCAGGACUUCCAAAAAGAAGUUGUACUUCAUGUGUAAUGACAUGGAGAGUAUUUUUGAAUUCAAAGGAUAACUGAUUUGUUGUGAAAUUUUCUCACCCCAUAUUGGGGAGAACAUUGAGGGGGGGGGGGGGUCUUUGGAGGUCAAUUUGUACCUGUCAUGGUUUGUACUUUGAAUAAAAUAUUUCCCUUUUUAAA